ACUUGAAGCUUUUAACCAAAAGUCUAAUGCACGAGAUUUUGUUAUUUGAAGCUGAAUACAAAUUUACGAAACAUACAAAUUUGAUUUACUGGUAAAGUCAAGUUGGAUUGCUUACUGUGAAACAAUUGUCAUUACUCAAGUUUAAUUAUAAUCUUUCGCAAUUAAUUAUUGUCACAAUGCUGCAAAUAUGGAUUAUGACAAUGCAUACAAAUGGCUCGACUAUUUUCGGGGCAAUUGUCAUUAUCAGCAGAAAUAAUCUCGACGCAAAAUUACACAAAAACGAGGCAUCUGGUUACGCGAAAAAUGUAUUCUCAAUGCAUUAUCAGAUUAUAAAAUUGUUAGCUCUGUCUUACGGAAUUAAAAACAUCAACGUUUCGUAUCAUCAAAAUUUUCCCAAACUGCUUAUGCCAGACGAUCACGCCACAUCUUAACAGAAUUCUGAUUGGUCGCUUCCAAAAAAUCACAAACAAAAUGUUUGAAAUCUGUAAAAUUGUUUGAACAACGUUUAAAAUUUCUGGGCAUUUUUAUUUCAUUAUUUGAUGGAAAAACAGACAAUAACAGAAGGAACUGAAUCAUGAGAUAGAUGUAUACCACGCGACAGCAUAAUCAUUGACGAUUUCGUGACGAUAUUAAUUUAUCAACAAUCACGUGAAUGUGCACGAUCUUGUCUGGCCAUAAUUCGUAUGAUAUUUAUCUUCUACGUUUUACUGUCUUGGAUAUAUAUCGCUUCCAAAAUAUCAAAGGAUCUUUAAAAUGACGAAAAGAAAUAUUGAAGUCUGAUUCUGUAUACUUCAGAAUUGUGAUUAUUUUAAAUUAUACACGAAAUUAUAUUAUAUUUUAUACAUAAUAAAUAUUCAUUAAUAGUGACAUCGCAGCAGCCACUUUUGUAUAUCUUACAUGUCGAUAAGCAGAACGUAUUAGACACAUACACACAGAUUUCUUAGCAAUAGAAACUGCAUAGUUUACGAUGUACGGUAAAUAUAUGUAUAGACAUCUUUAUAUAGACGUCUUUACGUUAUUAGCGGUUUGCUACACUGAGCAUUUUACCAUUUAGAUACACAUGAUUAUAUAAAUAGCAUUACAUGCGCUAGUGUAAGAGGUUCUUAUGUCUAUACAAAAUUAUGUAAAGAUGCAAUCGCAUCGCCGGAUGAUCGUAAUUUACACGACAAGUUACUGGGAAGUAUGUUUAUUCUUCUCGACUUAUCAAAGCCUACAUCAGAUGACGUAGAUUCGAAUUAUUGCAUGUUAUAAUCCCGCUGUUGCUUAAUAGGAGAACUGCUUUUUUUGACGCAGUUUGUUGCAAUAAUGUUUACUUAUUCUAGUUAUUAUCGCGCUUAUUCAGCAUGCUUCAUUUUUAAUAUUUCAUUUUUGAGGGGAAUAUAUCUGGAUACAUACUGAUAAUUUGCGUUAAGUAAAUUCUGACUACAUUACUCCGGAUUAACUGAGCGUCAAAUUAAUUUUAUGUUAUUCCCUAAUUUUAACAAAAAGGAAGACAUCAAGCUUCAAUUAAUAUUAAUAGUGAUUUUUAAAAACUACAAGUUGCUAAUGAGACUGCUACUCUUCUUAGAUUCACUUGAGAUGUUAAGUUCAUUCUUUUUUUGUUAAAGCUGUAAUUUAUAUCUUUUAUAUUUAAGAUAACACUAAGAAAUAUAAAUGUUCUUCGAAUUAUGUUUUAAAAAUUACCCAGAUUAUAUUUUCCAUUCUUUUGCAAAAUUAAAAGGUAAAUUACUUUCGUACUGUGUUUAAGAUACCAAAAACCAGUGGUUUGAGAAUAUUUUAUGAGAAGAAAUAUUUGGAAUAAUUUUUUAAUAUCAAAGUAGUUAGUUUAAAAGGUAUGGCAACUCAAAACUUAAAGAGACAAUAGUGUUAGUAUACUGGCAGAUCUUCUAGUGCCUAAAUGCGAGAUUUGCAUCUUGCACGCGUCGCUACACCCGCACAUCCUAACGCUGAAAAUAGCGGAACAUGCCGCGGAGAUAAUAGGAGAUAUGUACCUACUUUUGUCGGGUGAAGCCACAUCGCUGCUGUUUACCUCCACCACCAGUGCGCGUCCACGCUUAUUUAUCGCUCUUCCGUCAUUUCCUCAUUUUUCCCCGACACGUGCCUGUAUUCACAGAGUUUGCGUACUUCGACGCAUAGGACUGCGACAAUGAUGAUCUAAUUGCGGAAGCUCCAUCCAGCCACACAACACAAUCGAUUAAUAAAUUCAACCGAUUAAGGCUGGAGCGCGAACCUUUUAGGCAUUAUACAUCUAUGCACUGCUAACUUAAUUAUAAAAGAUUAGAGCCUAAGGAUCGAUUAAUGUCAUUUAUGCAUUCGUGGUUAUUUAGAAAUUUAUUUAUUUCAUUUAUUUUAAUCAUGGAACCUUGAAACUUCAAGGAUUUUAUCAUGCAGUUGAAAACGCUUGCAUAAAUGCAAGAGAAUAACUCAUAAAGAGUAGGAUUCUUGCCGACAAUAAAAGUGCCGACAGGAGAAGAAUGAUUAUAUAAUAGAGUAGGCAUAAGAAUUAAAACAUACAGACUUUUAGAUAUCAUGCACAAGUCUUAGAAAUUCUGAAAAAUUGCACGUCCAGCAAAAAAUAACGAUCUUAUUGUUACACUGAAAAAAUGAAAUAGACUGAAGAAGUAUCUUCGAAAGCUAUAUCGCUUUUAUCAAUAAGACACUUUUAUUUUUUCUUGAGGAAAUGACAAACCGUUGAGAGCUUCUUUCAUCCUUAGUGUCGGAAUAAUCUCGCACGCCGUCGUCCGAUAAUAUCUACAAUCUUCUUUAGAGCUUGACAUGUUUUCUACAGACAAUCGUCCCGUGAAUCUUUGAUGUUUCCAACGUUUCCUUUUUUUUCUAACAUAAUUCUAAUAAGCAGAAUCAGCUGAUCUUUACAUCAGUCAGCCGGCAUUAUCGCGUGCGGUUAGUCGCGACUGACCGCGCGCGUCACACGCGGAAACUAGCGAAUGGCAAGGCACUUACGAUGGACAACGUGCGCUAUGAAGGGAAUUUGAUUUGCAGAGGAGGAGACAGAACGAGAGGAGGACGGAGAAGCGGCGAAGCGAGCGAGCGUCCGGAGACUGCGGCGACGCGCUUGGCCGAGGAACGACGGCAGCGGCGACUCUCGAUCGGCCGCGAGAGGAGGUGGAGAGACAUCUCCGACGAAGAUGAUGUUCGGUAGGAUCAGAAGAGAGGAGGUCUUCUCCGGCAAUGGCUGAUCGUCGUGGCCGCGAUGUCCGCGGCGUGUAAGCCGCUUCUGUCGCGAGGACGACGUGCAACCGGAACCAGCCGAGAUCUAUGCGCUCGUGAUCGCGAUCGUGACGUGGCGGACGGACGCGGAGCGUGAACGAGGAUGAAGGGACGGUCCCUCGAGCCGCGAAGAGAGGAGCCGCUGCGUUGUCGCGAAUGAGUCGCGAGCGGUGAGGUCGGCAAGUGUUUGGUCUCGCGACGAGCUGCGGGAGAACACGCGUUGCUGAGCAAAGUGCGCGUACAUCGCGAGCGAAAGAGAGACAGAAAGGAGAGGAUAGAUCAGGUGGACGCGCGUCACUUCCGUAAACAGUUCGCGGAGCGAGGGUGAGCGAACGUCGACGGACGUCGCGAUCGAGUGAAUCGGAUCCUCGCGCGAUCGGACGAUCGACUUGGGAGACCGGAGUCGCGAGUGCGUCUCGAUGGCGCUUGAAAGUGCUCGAGGUGUUCGCUUGGAGUGAUCCCCUUGCCAUUGGGAAGACGCAGUGAACAGUAUUUGCGCCAAGUAUUCGCGAAGGGGUUGAUGAAGACCAGAGACUAACUCGAUCCUUUCGAGACAACGGCAAGCUGGCGGAGAAUGUAAGUGAAAACGGACCGUGUAGGAUCAGACUACUUGACGAGCGAGCGAGUAAUUAUUACCUACCUGCCGCUUCCCUUUCUUUUACCUUAUAUCAAUCUUUCUCCUUUUGUUCUCGUGAGUUUCGAGGCGCGAUGUCUCAAAUCUAGGCAAGUUUAAGCGGAAGAAUCGAACUGAUCGACGCAUCGUCACGUUACGGAGAACUUUCGAACAGAUUUCGUUGACUUUACCUCUCACCUCGGAUCUCACCUGCGAUAUGAGACAUGAGAUGCGACGUCAUUGUAUGAUAGAUGUCGGUCACAACGCUCGUUUCAACCAGAGGCAGAUCGGUAUCCCUAUACCGUUCAGUCACGAUCCAUUGGGUUUAACCGUGACCUUAGUAGCAUUGUACCAAACGCAGUUCCGGUUGGCGCAGUAGCACGCGUGUGGAAAGCUCGUCGCUCUCGAAAAAAACGGUCCGAUUCGGGGAUACAUUAAAGGGAGGCGAGCGGCAGCAGGAGGACGAAAGGGGGAGGCGGAAAGAGAGGACGGGGAGAAGGAGAAGGAGGAAGAGGCGGGGGUGGAGAAGAGGAAGUAGCGCCAAGGAGGAGCAAGCUUCCUCAGCGUUGGUGCGCGAAGUCGGGGCGAGAAAGAGAGAGAGAGAGAGAAACGUGCGUUUGUAAUUCGGCGUGGCUGCCUUCGAGGAUGAGCGACGGCGGUCAUGCCGUGUAAUUCGAAGGUGUACCACGCCACCGUUGCAUCUUGCACGUUCGUCAUCGCUGCCGCCACCGCCGUGGUGAACGUCCACAUCCUCGCGGUCAAGCUGUUGAGACGUGGCAGAGUCGCGGCACCGCCGGCAAGAUGAGCUCGAUCGACUUCGACGAGGUGCUGGUACACGUGGGAGAGAAGGGCCGAUACCAGAACUUAAUGUACUACUUGCUGUGCAUACCCGCCACCCUACCGGCUGCCUUUCUGGCGUUCUCGCAAGUGUUUGUGAGCGCCUCGCCAGACCACUGGUGCCGGAUACCGGAGUUGGAGAACCUGACGGAUGUGAUAUCCCUGGAGGAGAGAAAGGCGCUCUCGUUGCCGUACUCGGUCAGGUCCGACAGCAGGAGGGUUUACUCCAAAUGUCACAUGUACGACGUGAAUUACACGGAGAUAAUUGAUUCGUGGCUGCAACGCGGCGUCCCGCUCAACGUCACCGACGACGAGUCGUCGUCGACCACGUCUUCAUCGUUGUUUCAUCUAUCACCAAGCCGAUUACCGCCGCCGGUCAGCAACCCCGACUGGCCGGUCAGCAAGUGUCGAUACGGAUGGAACUACGACACCAGGGACUACGACAGCACUCUCGUCACCGAGCUAGAUCUCGUAUGUGACAACAGCUGGUGGCCUUCCACGUCGACGACGUUCUUUUACGUGGGCAGCCUCUUCGGCAACGUCGUGUUCGGUUGGAUCGCCGACAAAUGGGGCAGAAGGACCGCCUUCUUCGCCAUCCUAUUCCUCGAGGUGAUAUUCUCCAUCGCCACGAGCUUCAGUCCGAACUACGUGAUCUACACGGCGCUGAGGACCGUAAACGGCCUCUUUUUUCCUGCCAUUUAUCAGAUACCCUUCAUACUCGCUCUUGAGCUAAUGGGGCCGAGAUACCGAACAUUCGCUGGGAUGGUAAUCUGCAUGUUCUUCGCCAUAGCGAUGUCUCUGCUGGCGUUGCUGGGAUACAUGUUGAGGGACUGGUUCUCUCUGUCGUUAGCCACGUCGGUGCCUUUUAUUUUUCUCUUCGGAUACUACUGGAUCAUUCCCGAGUCACCGCGGUGGCUUCUUAGUAAGAAUCGAAUAGACGAAGCGGAAGUGAUUGUUCAGAACAUGGCAAGAAUAAACGGCAAGACAGUGCCUACGAACUUCCUCAGAAGGAUGGAGAUAGAAAUAUUAAAACGACAAGGGGUGUCGUGCAACGGGAGGAACUCCAAUGGCGGUAACAUCGACGUGGAGGACAGAUCACCGCCACCAUCCGCGACGCCCAUGGACCUGAUCACGAACCCGAACAUCCGGAAAAAAUUCUUUAUUCUCGCUUUUGAUUGGGUGGCGAACGCAGUGGUGUACAACGGACUGUCCUACAACACCACCAAUCUGGGUGUCUCCGAUUACCUGGCCUUCUUCAUCGGAGGCAUCGUGGAAAUCCCGUCGUACUUCAUUACAUGGUACGCGAUGGACAGAUUGGGCAGGCGAUGGGUAUUGUGCGUGACCAUGUUGCUGGGUGGACUCGCUUGCGUGUCCUGCAUGUUCGUGCCCGAAGCAGAUGCGGUUUGGGUGACCGUGUCUCUGGCGAUGAUCGGCAAAUUCGGCAUCGCUGCGUCUUUUGCUGUGUUUUAUGUCUUCGUGGGUGAGCUGCUGCCCACCGUGCUGAGAUCGCAGGCGAUGGGCAUAGCCUCCUUCAUCGCCGGCAUCGGCCUCCUCACUUUUCCCUACAUCGUUCAUUUGGCGGUCUACUCGAGGGUCCUUCCACUGAUCGUGAUGGGAUCGCUGAGCGUCGCUGGUGCCCUCACUUCCGUGUUUCUGCCGGAGACGCUUAACAUCCAUCUGCCACAGACGAUCGAGGAGGGCGAACUCUUCGGGGCUGACUUCAAGCUUUGGUCCUGCCCGACGACGUCGAGAAGAAAAGAAAAGAAGACCGAGAGCGUGCCGAUGAGGUACUUCGUAAACGGCGGACCGGGUAGUCGUUCGUCUACCUCGAGGAUCGCGUCGCAGGAAGUCGCGACUACGCCGGAGGGCGAGAAACUAGCUGUAGUGCCGCCGUCAAAGGAAGAAGAGGCGAAGAACUUAAGCGCGUCCAAGGAGGAGCUGUCAAACGUCGUCGUUGAGCCGAAGGCGUUCAGCGUGGUGGUGGAGGUGAACGUGUGCCACAAGUCGCAAUGAGAGAAAAAGAGAGAAUGUGAGAGUGAAUGUGCGUGAGAGAGAUCGUGAUAGAAAAAGAGAGAAAAAGAGAGAGACAGAAAAAGAGAGAAAAAAGAAAGAGACAAUCUUACAGUUAAUUGUUUACGACGUUGUAUUAUAAUUGCCAGUAUAGACACGCAUUGUAUUUAUUUUUCCAUUUAUUAUAAUGUACUUUCUUUGUAAAGCCUGCCUUUGUCGACUAGCACGGUUCUGUUCUGUUUGCUUACUCCCAGUGCUGUAUAUUUGCGUGUGCAUUGCAUGAUUGUUACGCGUGUGGGUUGUGGACCUGACGCCCGAGCUCAUCGAGCGCUCCAGAGCGUAUAACGCAAUACUUUUUUAUGUUCUUGAUUUAGAUUUUGCAUUUUGUUCAUGCGUUAUUAAAAGAGGAAUCUUGUGUGUGAUUUCAGUUAGCUUAAAUAAAAUAUCUCAGUAUCUAUUGACGGA